AUGCCCGCGACGCCAUCAACAUCGCGAUCGGGUCGCCACUCGCAAAGUUCAAUAGUCAGUGAUGUGAGCGCUGUAAAUGUGGUGGUGGGGCCACCCGAAAUCGCAAACACCAGCACCACGGGCAUCACCACCAAAACCAAAGUCAAGGCCACCGUUCUGUACGAAGACGACGCCGGCGCCGAUGGACUCGAGCCACUGGUCGAUCUCACACAAGCCAUUCCAUUGCACUCGAAAAAGACGGACCGGAAGCAAAAGAGACGCGACAAGAAAGAAGCGAAACGGGCCUCGACGGUGCCGCCCCGAGGCAUGCUCGACCUCCCCUACGAGCUCCUCUACUCCAUCAUCACCCUCGUCGAACCCAGAGAGCUGUUUGUCCUCUGCCGCGUUAACAAGUCGCUUCGGAACUUCAUCCUGUCCCAAGAACACCUCAUCACGCGCGACAUUAUAGCAUGGCGCUACCCCUCUCUCUCCAAAUGCUUCCGCCUUCCUGUCCUGGCCCAGGAUCUCGACGAAAACGCCCGUCGCGCGCUCAACGAAGCCUAUGGCGAUGCGCUUAGCCCUAGACGAGUCAAUGCCAACUAUAAACAUGUCCAGUCUCCUGACCCGUCCCUUGUCUGCUUCUGCUACACCUGUCGUCUUCGCUGGAUUUUCCUUUGCAUCAUUGUCGACUUCGCCCACUGGCAGCAUCAUCUGGACAACGGACUACCCAUUCCCACUAUCCCUCGUGGUGCCGACCCAGACUGGAACAAGAAACUGGUCGCUGAACACGCCCAGGUGGUUGUCAAAGCCCUUCACAGCCAGCUGUGGUACGUGAGGCUGCUGCAAGCACAUCUAACCUCCAUCACCCGCUCCAUCCGCCGAAACACUGCCAACCAAGGCAACAGACGAUCUCGCUUUCGCAUGACGCCCUCGGACGUCGCCAGCGGCACCGACGCCUUUCUCGACCGGAGCGGCCCUCCCACAGUCGACUUUCCCUACAACCGCGACAACUAUGACAUGCUCGAGGCAUUCAUGUCAUCACGAAGUUGGAUCAAGGAUGACGGGAAAUGGGUCUACGUUCCUGCUGAUCAGCACGAACGAGAACUUCGCCUGCUCGAGCGUCAGAGACAGGAGGCGCCGUCAUCGACUGCCGUGUCCCAAACGCCGCCUGCCGCACUUGUGCCGAGAUCCAUGAUCUUCUAAAAUCAUUCAUGAACUACCUAAGCUUUCUUAUCUUUGACGUUAGUCUCCGAUAGCAUCGGACAUAAGGUCGUCCAACGUCCGGUAGUCCCGAAAUAAGAUCCUGCUUGAAC